CUUAUUUAGGAAAAAAAUUGAAAAAAAAAAUGCCACAAAUCAAUCCACCAAAAAAAAAAAAUUAAUUGGAGGGGGGGAAGUGCAAUGAAUAAAUAAGGAGCUUUAAAUGGGAGGUAAAACAAAAGAAAGGGAAAAAGUAAAACCCCAUUAAAUGUAGGUGUAAUUUGAAAACCAGAUUCUUCCUUCAACAUCACUGUAUAUAUAUGGAGAGAGCUUCCACCUCUUCUUCUGUGACAAAAACCACCCAAAGAAGAAGAAAAAUCCCCCAAAAAUCUCUUCACUCUCUGCAUUUUGCAAGAAGAAGAAGAAGAGGAAAAACCCAACUUAAAAAAGCAAUCUUUUUUUUUUUUUUCAAACAAAUGUAUAAAUCAAAGUUGCAGGAGCUUUGUCACAAGCGUUCAUGGAAUUUGCCAGUUUAUGUCACUCAAAAGGAUGGACCUGACCACUGUCCUGCCUUCACCACCACCGUUACAAUCAAUGAAUUUGAGUUUGCCUCUGAAAAAAAUGGGUCUAAAUCCUCUAAAGAUGCCCAGAAUGCUGCUGCUAAGCUGGCUUACGACUUCCUUUCUUCUUUGCCCGCUGAUCAGCCUCCUCACCCCUCUCAUCUUUACAGGGCUCCUUCACCUCCAUCCCCUUCUGUUCCUUCUGCUCCUUCACGCGCCUCAGGCAGCAAUGUUGUUUCUGGGGCUCCACAGAAUGGGGCACUGCAUCAGAACCAUUUAGGGAACCUUGACAUCUUGCUGCGCCACAAUAACAAUGCAUCAGUCAACAAAGGCGCAACUGAACCUGUGAAGAAAGAUGUCUUGGAGCAGCACGAGGGAGUGAAUAUUCAAGGUAGCACACCUAAAGAUUUGUUGCAUGUGUAUAAGAAUCAGCUGCAGCACUAUGCGCAGAAGAAUAAUAUCUCUCUUCCAGCAUACUCGAACGAAUUUGUUGGCCUUCCUCAUGUCCGUCGGUUUAAGGCUAGUGUGGUUGUAGAUGGAAUUACAUAUCAAUGCCCUGAAUAUUACUCUACGUUAAGGGAUGCUGAACAUGCAGCUGCAAAAGUUGCUUUAGAAGCUUUGUCUAUUGCAGAAAUUCCCGAGAAUGAAGGUUUAUCAAAGUCACUUUUGCAAGAACUGGCCCAAAAAAUGGGUUUUCGCAUUCCAUCCUAUAGUACUGUUAGAAGUGGUCCAUCACACAAGCCAACCUUCGUGUCUACUGUAGAAGUGGGUGGUGUAAGCUAUGAAGGUGUGGGAUGCAAAACAAAGAAGCAAUCAGAAAUGAGUGCUGCCAAGGUUGCGUAUGAAAAACUGACCAGUGGCUCUUCUAUUGCAGGUAAUGCAGUAUCUCAUUGUUCCCCUGCAUCUACCUUGAGGAUAAAUGCAGAAGCCUCUUGUCCAGGAUUGCAACUAGCCAACGUUAAUGCCUGCCAGGUCAUUGGUGCCCAAAACACCUCAAAAAACCAUAUGAAAAGAGCUCCUGGUGAAAUGAAUGCACACCCUGGCGUGCUUUCAUGUGGUACUGCUGGAAAGGAAUUUUCCUCUCCUCAUUCGGGCUCCAAUACACUACAGAACAUCCUACCAACACUUGCACCUACGGUUAAGGAGGCGAAGAUGGAUGAAGUUGAAGGAGAAGGAAAAGCAAAAAGGCACAAACGUUCAUCAUCUGAAAACAUUUCUCACCAUUUGCCAGAAGCAAUCCCUCCAUCUGAUUUGUCUAUUGACCCUUCUUCAGGUUCUUUGCCUUCUGAAUCAGUGAAAUCGGAGGAAGCAAGACGAACUGAAGGCGGUAAUCCCCUAAACUCGAAGACCUUAAUCUUUCGCCGUGGAUCAAACAUGGAGAUUCCAGAAGGUGCCAUUGAAUUGUCUCUUGGGAAUGAUGAAUGGGUGGUCAUGAGAGUGCCAUUGGAUCAAGACCAGCAGGCAGGUACAGGACAGUAGUUCAGUGAAGUCCAGCAUCUGUACUUUGUGUAGUACAUUGCAUGUAAAUCAUUGGAUGUUUUACUUUCGGCUCUAGCGAUCCUCUGCAGUUGGGUGUAACGUGCGGAUCUAGAAUUAGAUUCUAAGAUUAUGAUGUAGUUUUCUCUUAUUAGAGAAUAUCCUUGAGAAAUUGAAACUCCAAAACCCAACUUAUUCUCUUCUUAACUUUUAGUCCUGCAUAUUAUAUAAUUAUGCAAGGAAAGAAUUUUCCAAAUUUAGAACAUGGGUUGCAGUGAUACAUUUAUUACCAUCUUAAGCAAGAUGAUGCUAAACAAGGUUAUAUCAAGUUUUAUAAGUUAUUAGAAUAUUAUAUACUUC